AUGGAUCCUCUGAUAGAAGUAAGUGGCGAAAAAUUUGGCACGGAACUGACUGGCUACAAAAUCGCUCGGCUGGACGCGUUUGCCAGCCAGUUGCUGCAUCUUCGCGUGAACGGACUGCAGUCGAUGUUAACCGCCGCUUGCCUGCCGUCGGACGGCGAACGCUAUUUUGAGGGCCACGUUUCUUGUCCUCCACAGAUCGAUCCGUGCAGCGUCAACGCUAGCGUCCGAUUCGUUUAUUAUGGCAGUGAGCAAAACACGACUGAGCGAAGGUAUCGACGAUGCCAUGUUCUGCGACUGAACAUUGUAAUUGUUCCGGCCGUCCUGUUGCUGAACUGGCACGUUUUGCCUGGUGAAAGCACUCUCACUCGCUACAUCGCAAUGGAUGUGCUGAACACAACCGGUUCGGAAGUGAAACUUGAAUUUUUGGAAACCAAGAAUGUUCUCAUUCAACCGAGAGACGUCUGCCGGGUGCCGGUAAAGGUGAACUGUUACGAGCUGAAAGCGGCGGGUAACAAGCACGCGGUGCUGAGAGGCAGCGAUGGUUCUGAGGUACAAAAGAAAGUUGCUGAUCAUUUGCGGGCGCAGCUGAAUAUCCGUUGGCUGAUGAGUGACCCUCCGAACAGCGGAAGUUUGAACGUUUCCAGCAUUCUUAACUCGUCACAAGUGGCGACCAAAUUCUCGCUUCCUCCGGUUAGCGUAGGCUACCUCACUCGAACUGAAGGCAAACUUUCCCUGGAAUUUUAUCUGGACUUCCAAAACGGUGAAAAAUUUGACAUUUCAAACGAAGUGGUCUUCGUCGGUCCAUUGAGCUACUUAUUCUCUUUGGCCCCAGCGAAAGCCUUCAGCGACUAUUUUGAAUUCUUGUUCUGUUCUGAAGGUGUUUUCCAUGUUAAUUUUGUGCCUGAACCUCUCAGUGGUGCCGACGAACUGUUUUGUCAGUUGCGAUGCCUGCUACUGCCUUUGACAUUUACCGUAGUUUCGAAGUGCAUUACUUUGUAUUAA